AUCGCAAAAUAGAAGCGGGGCAAUCCUAGCCGAAAUAGGGUGAUAUUUUUAACUGAAGCAUUAUUUCUCCACAAAAAUGCCGUACGCUAAUCAACCUUCCGUAACUAUCUCUGAAUUGACUGAUGAAAAUGUUAAGUUCAUCGUGGAAGAUACCGAGCUCAGUGUGGCAAACAGUUUACGGAGAGUGUUCAUUGCAGAAACUCCUACGCUUGCGAUCGAUUGGGUGCAGUUGGAAUCAAAUACUACCGUUUUGGCGGAUGAAUUCCUCGCCCACCGCGUUGGUCUGAUUCCAUUGAUUUCCGAUGAAGUUGUCGAUCGUAUGCAGUACAGCCGAGAUUGCCCUUGUUUGGAUUUUUGUAACGAAUGCAGUGUUGAGUUUACGCUUGACGUCAAGUGUAAUGAGGAGCAUACGCGGCAUGUUACUACGGCUGAUUUGAAAUCCAGUGACCCUCGCGUUUUGCCGGUUACUUCAAGACACCGGGAUGACGAAGAUAACGAGUACGGUGAAGGAACGGAUGAAAUCCUCAUUAUUAAGCUACGCAAAGGACAGGAACUGAAAUUAAAAGCAUACGCGAAGAAAGGUUUCGGAAAAGAGCAUGCCAAAUGGAACCCUACGUGUGGCGUCAGUUUUGAGUACGAUCCAGACAACGCUAUGAGGCAUACGCUGUUUCCAAAGCCAGAUGAAUGGCCAAAAUCCGAGCAUACGGAGUUGGAUGACGAUAAAUAUGAAGCUGACUAUAAUUGGGAACUGAAACCGAACAAAUUUUUUUUCAACGUUGAAUCAUCUGGAGCACUGAAGCCGGAAAACAUUGUACUAAUGGGCGUGCAAGUGUUGAAAAACAAACUUUCGAACCUGCAAACGCAACUGAGUCAUGAAACCGAUGUAUUGGCAAUCUAAUGUCUCUACCACAUCCGUGAAACUGAACGUAUUAAUAUAAAGAGACAAAAGCAACC